AACGUCGAGUGUCUAAGAAGAGAAAUGCUGUGGUCCUGAAAAACGAAUUACGUAUUGACAAAAUGAAAGCGCUACGUAUGAUUUGCUUCGCGGCAAUUUUCUCUUCGAUUUUAGCGAUUCCUUUCAAUAGCAAGAAUUAUCAAAUCGGAAAUUUUAAAACAAUACAAAAUGUCGAAUAUAAAACAAACGAAGUGAAAACUCAGAGACGAUUACUCGAUUCACCGCUUCAACAUUUGUCUGUAUCACCUGACGAAAAAGAUGAGAAAUUUAAUCUUGUACAAAUCAGAUAUCGCCGAAGCGAUCAUAUAAAAUCGAACGCGCAAUUAAGUAUUUUAAUGAAAGAAAAAAAUGAACAAACUACAUUAAUUUCGGAAUCGGAAUCUCCUGAAGAAAUCGAUCCUUCCGGCGAAAACUUUGUGGAUAUGGAUAUAUUCUUUCGGAGUCGGACAAGUAGAAGCGAAAACGCGGACAUUUAUGAUAUAAGCACCGAAUCUCUGGACAAAGAGGAGUACGAAGGUUUAAAUAUUCUUCUGGCAAAAUUAUUCGAGGCGCUACAAAACGAUACCGCGAAGGACGAUCAUGACAUACUGAAGGGAUCGAAUUCUAUCGGUAACACGAGCAACGACGAAGAUCGUUGCCAGAAAUGGCUGAACAACAGGGAAAGAAUUGAGCAAGCUUUCCCGGGAUCCAUCGACGAACUACCAGCAUGCCCAUGUCGAUACCCUAAUGAUAUUUUUUACGACGAUUUAAUCUGGGAUAAGAAUCGACAGAAGAAAUUUCGGUGGCGCGAUGCGAGCAACGAUCCGCAGCGGCUCGUCUACAAACAAGGCGCCUUUUACUGCGUGCGAUCCUUACCGGCACAAGGAAGCGAGAACAUCGGCGCGCAGCACUGUUGUUAUGACGAGGAGAGAAGACUGUUGACACGCGGCUCCGGUGCCGGCACACCAUAUAUUGUUAGUCCGGAUAUGUCGUUUAUGCUACAUGACAAGAUCGAUCUGCUACCUUGGCGGCUUUGUAAAGGCGACUUUACUAGAUACAAUAAAGUGAGAGUACCAAAUAACGACGAUGACUGCGAGGUAAAUCCGGAUGACGAGGAAUAUGAAUAUCAAGUGGAAAAUGCGAAAAAUUAUUGAGAUAUAAUAUCGUCGCAAUCGUACCAAAAAAAAGACCAAUAAUUACAAACUAUUAAAAGCCCGACUUUCACUUUUAUUGUUCUUUGUAAACAGAGCAAUAUAAUAAAUUUUAAUUUAUUUUCCUA